AACGUACGCAUCAGAGCCCAUAAAAGCAAGAAAAGCAAACUCAAGGGGAAAUACACAAAAGCAAAAGCAAAAGCUAAAAAAAGUAUCUGAAAAAGCUCAUCACAAUUCAACCUCAAAUAAUGGAAGAGGAGGAAGACAUGCUCCGGCCACCAUUUUGGCUGCAGAACACCGACUCUCUCCGCAACCGGAACCGUCUCCGCCGCUCCUCGUCCCUCUUCCUCAACUCCGGUCUUCUUCUUGUACUCUUGUUGGUCGUGGCAUUUUUCUUCAUCUUCGUAGUAUUUCCUUCCUUUCUCUCUUUCACCUCACACAUAUUUAGGCCGCAUCUGGUGAAGAAAAGCUGGGAUUCCCUCAAUCUAGUCCUCGUUCUUUUCGCCAUUGCCUGUGCCUUCCUCAACCGAAACCAAAACAACAACAACAACAACGAAGAUCGAAGCGUUUCAAAUGCAUCGCAAGAGGCUAACAAGUCAAACCCUUCGACCCCGCAUCGAUGGUACGAGUAUUCAGAUCGGACGGUUGGCUAUAACGCCGUCAACAGGUUAAGGAGCAGCAGUUCCUACCCGGAUCUACGUCAAGAGUCUGCAUGGGUGGCCGAAGAUGAACGGUGGCGAUUUUGCGAUGACAGCCACAUCAGUAAUUACCACUUUCCGGGCUCGGAUCAGCUGCAUCACCGCCAGCCACGGCGAGAGCCGCCUCAAGAAGAAGAUUUGGAGAUGAAGACGAAGACUAUAGCUGUGGAUACUUUCGUCGUCGGCAGAGAGGAAGUUUCAUCAGAUUCGCCUCCUUCGCCACCGCCACAACCCACGCCGCCGCCGCCGCCGCCGCCCAAGUCAGUUAAGCGCACAGCAAAGAGAACAUCAUAUGAAGCUCUUGGGCACCACGAAAAGACUGAAAAUGAAAACCCCAGAAAAGAAGACUCAGAAGUGGCCAAGAGUAUUCUCCAACCUCCGCCUCCACCGCCGCCAGUGUUUGAACAGGCAGAGCAAAGGAGUUACGGCGAAAGGAACGAGAAGAAGAGAUCACCAGGAAGCUCCGCCACCAAAGAUUUCUUGAUCUCGUUGACGAGGAAGAAGAAGAAGCGAAGGCAAAAGAGCGUCGAAAACCUCGACUCUAUUCUAAACUCUCAACCCCAUUCGUCCCUUCCUUUAUAUCCACCGCCAUCGCCCCCACCUCCGCCGCCGCCGUUGCCUCCGCCGCCUUCUUCAGUCUUUCACAACCUAUUCUCCUCCAAGAAGGCAAAGACCAAGAAGGUUCAUUCAGUUCCACCGCCAGCGCCAGCGCCGCCACCACCGCCACGAGCUAAGGCAGCGCGUAAGCCUCCAUUGCCGGCGAAGACAAGCAGUAUUUUCCACGAAAACGCGAGAUCGGGAAACAAUUCGCCGGUGGUUCCGAUACCGCCACCGCCGCCUCCACCGCCAUUUAAAAUACCGGAAUGGAAGUUCGUGGUGCAAGGCGACUUUGUUAGGAUCAAAAGCGAUACUAGUUCGCGUAGCGGUUCUCCGGACUUGGAUGAGACGGACGGUGGAGAUCCAACGACGUCGACGUCGUCGCCAAUGUUCUGUCCGAGCCCGGACGUUGACACCAAGGCUGAUAGCUUCAUUGCGAGGUUUAGAGCUAAUCUGAAACUGGAGAAGAUGAAUUCUAUCAAGCAGAAGCGAGGCCCAGAUACAGAUACUGUGGACGGAGCAGGUCCAAGCUAAGAGUUUGAAGGUGGCAUGGUUUUUGUUUUUAUUUUUUCAAUUUUUUUAUUUUUUUAUUUUUUUAUUUUUAUUUUUUUCUGUUUAUUUUGGGGAGUUUUUGUUAAAGUGAGAGAUGUUCUCAUUGUCCUGACCUACACAUGAAUAUCUGAGUAUAUACAUAGUUAGAGAUACCAAGUUUAAUUCAUUUGGAUUUUUUUAAUUUUUUUUCCUGCAUUUUUUCAAUUUAUUUGUUAUAGAAACUCACGGAGAUGCAUAGGCUUGUAUACCACGUAAUUGUCAGAACUUGUAUUUAAACAAAAGCUGUUGGGAGGUGUU